AUGAGUGCUAACUGCCCGCCAGGCACCUUCUACCGAUAUACUAAAGGGUAUCGUCGGGUAGCUGGGGAUACAUGCCAUGGAGGACAAGAGUACCGAUAUGAGGCCCUAAUGUACUCCUGUCCGGUUGAAGAAAAGUCAGAGUUCCUGCUGUACAGUAAUCGUCACCAGAUCCACCGUGUGAAACUUGGUGGUGAGAUGAGAGACACUGUGCUGGUGGAGCGUUUCCUGCAGAAUGCCGUGGCGUUGGACUUUGACUAUAAGGAAAACUGUCUCUUCUGGGCAGGACAUUCUCUAUGGACGUUAUCAAACGCGUCUGCCUGA